GUAGCCGUGUUUAUUGCACGUUAUUGUGUGGUGACGUCGUUGUUGAGGGUGGAGUCGCAUGUGGGUAAUCUCGCGUUGUUUCUUGAUAUAUAUAAGCACCGUUUGCUCUUCGUUGGGUCUCUUUGAAACUCGGACUGGAGACAAGAUGUCUCACCGUAAGUUUUCGGCUCCACGCCACGGAUCCCUCGGGUUUCUGCCCCGCAAGAGGAGUCGUCGUCACCGCGGAAAGGCGAAGAGUUUCCCUAAGGAUGACUCAAGCAAACCCGUGCACCUGACCGCAUUCCUUGGUUACAAGGCAGGAAUGACCCACAUCGUGCGUGAGGUCGACAGACCUGGGUCAAAGGUGAACAAGAAAGAGGUAGUCGAAGCUGUAACCAUUGUGGAGACUCCUCCCAUGAUCGUAGUUGGAGUUGUGGGAUACAUCAACACUCCCCGUGGCCUGCGCUCUUUCAAGACCAUCUUUGCCGAGCACAUCAGUGAUGAAUGCAAGCGUCGCUUCUACAAAAACUGGUACAAGUCCAAGAAGAAGGCUUUCACCAAGUACUGCAAGAAAUGGCAGGAUGAUGAUGGAAAGAAGCAGCUUGAGAAAGACUUUGCUGCAAUGAAGAAGUACUGCCAGAUCAUCCGCAUCAUUGCCCACACGCAGAUGCGUCUCCUUCCCCUGAGUCAGAAGAGGGCUCACCUGAUGGAGGUGCAGUUGAAUGGUGGCACCAUUUCUGACAAGGUGGACUGGGCUCGUGAGAAGCUGGAGCAGGCUGUUCCUAUCAAUACCGUCUUCUCUCAGGACGAGAUGAUUGAUGUGAUUGGUGUCACAAAGGGUCAUGGAUACAAGGGCGUCACCAGCCGUUGGCACACCAAGAAACUCCCUCGUAAGACCCAUCGUGGUCUGCGUAAGGUUGCCUGCAUUGGUGCCUGGCAUCCAGCUCGCGUUGCCUUCUCAGUGGCCCGUUCUGGUCAGAAGGGCUACCACCACCGCACAGAAAUCAACAAAAAGAUCUACAAGAUUGGCCAGGGUUACCACACAAAGGAUGGAAAGCUGAUGAAAAACAAUGCUUCCACUGAAUAUGAUUUGUCCAACAAGAGCAUCAACCCUCUGGGUGGAUUUGUCCAUUAUGGAACGGUGACCAAUGACUUUGUUAUGGUGAAAGGCUGUGUUGUGGGAACUAAGAAGAGGGUGCUGACUUUGCGCAAGUCUCUGUUGGUGCAGACCAGCCGCCGUGCUCUGGAGAAGAUUGACCUGAAGUUUAUCGACACCACAUCCAAGUUUGGCCAUGGCCGCUUCCAAACUGCGGAAGAGAAGAAGGCUUUCAUGGGUCCUCUCAAGAAAGACCGCAUUACCAAGGAGGAGACUGCAUAAAGUCUGUGUCAGCAAAAGAAUUUUGUGCAUUGACUUUUGUACUAAAUAAAAAAAUGCCGAAAUACCAA